GACGUAUAAUGUGUGCGCCGUCCACGUGGUGACACGUCAGGUGUUGUCAUUCCCGGCUCUCACUAUGGCGAGCGGUGUGGGUCUGGCGGCGUUUAGUGUCAAAGUAUGGGAGCCGGUGGUGGCCAAGUCCCGGCGGGCGGUAGUGUUCAUGGACGAUCCGUGUGCGGAGGUCCUGCACUGGUGUGGCGGCCCCGAACUCUUCCUGGCGGCCGGGGCUCUGAACGUCAAGGAAUUCUCCAGCUUCGAGUCUGGCGCCUCCAACCAGCCCAAAGCCCUGUUCGUGGUGAGCGGGCCUGUGCGGGGCCGGGCCCUGGAGAUCAUCCAGGAUGUGGUGAGCCAGAGCUCCUUCCAGUACUGCAUUGUUGUGAGUGCGGUGGGCCCCGGGGAGACUGAGGCUCGGCCUGCACAGGAACAGCUGGAGGAGAAGCUGUGUCAGUGGAUGGGGAACAUGGGCUACACUGCUGAGGUCCUGUGGGCCCCUCUAUUGCUGGCCCCACUCAGCCCUCAUCUCCUCCUUACGCCGGCCUUCCGUGACCUCUUUCCCCUUCUACCGGACCAGGACCUGCACGCCCUGAACCGCAGCCGGCCCGACAAGAAGAGGUUCCCAGCUCUGGCCGAUGUGGACUUCCCUUCCCUCUCACCUGAGCUUCAGACUCGUAUCCGGAGCCUGGUGUGUGAGCUCAACAUGAUCAUGGAGGGCAUCGGAGUCCGGGAGGAAUGCUUCUCCGUUGGCCAUCUCAGCAGGAUCAUUGCCGGAGAACUGGCCAACUACCCUCAAGCCAAGAACAGACGGAAGCUGGCACAGAACAAGGCCUCACUGGUCUUCAUAGACCGGAGUCUGGAUGUGACGGGGGCUGUUGGGCAUCAUGGAGACAGUCUAGUGGAGAAGAUCUUGUCUGUUCUUCCCCAUAUUCCUGGACAAACAAGUGAUGUGAUGAUUAACAUGGAUGAGCUCACAGACCUGCGAAUUGAUGGUGAAAAUGAGGCGAUAAUUGCCCCUGGAUGCUUGUCACAACCACAUGAGCCUGCUGCCAAGGCAUUGUGGGAGUCCAUGAUGAACAUGAAACAGAAGGAAGCAGUGAUGGAAGUGCGAAGGUGUCUUGUAGACACAGCUAGCAGAGAGAAACUGCCAAUUAAGAUGAGCAUGGGUAGAGUCACACCUGAGCAGCUUAGAUCCUACAUCAUGCUGUUUAAAGAAAAUCAAGAAGCUCUAGAAAACCACUGCGGCCUACUCCAGUUAGCCUGCGCCACAGUCCAGACACUAAAAAAUCCACAGUGUGCCAAGUGGGACAAUUUCCUUGCAUUUGAAAGAGCCAUCUUACAGAGUACUGGGAAAUCAGAACUACCAGCAGUCCUUAAUCAGUUAUACCCUAUGAUUAAGUCUUAUCAUGAAAGAAAUGCUGAUGACUAUGAUAUAGAGGACAUUCUUGUCCUUUUGGUCUAUAUCUACUCUGUGACUGGAGAGGUCCAGCAGAAUAAUGAGUUGGAAAUCAUAGAAAGGGAAGUAAAGAAAGUUCUCAUCCAGAGUUUAUGUGAUGAUCCCAAGCUGAGCUCUCUGCUACAGAAUAUAACAGGAUGUGAAUCUCCCCCUGAGCUGACACUGGAUAAGGCCACAGCUGCAGUGGAUAAAAUCUUUUCUACCUUGCGGGAACUUACAAAGGUUCGAGCACACCUGAAAUUGUUCAAUUCUGUCUAUGGGCCCGGGAGCAAUAUCCAACAGGCCUCCUACAAGCCACUGUUGAAACAGAUCAUUGAAGAAAUUUUCCACCCUAAUCGUGCUGAGCCAAUGGAUAUUGAACACAUGUCUUCUGGCCUCACCGACCUGCUGAAGACAGGAUUUAGCAUGUUCAUGAAGGUGAGCCGUCCACAUCCAGCGGACUCCCCUCUUCUCAUCCUAUUUGUUAUUGGUGGAGUCACGGUUUCAGAAGUCCGAAUGAUGAAAGAUCUUGUAUCAACUCUCAAGCCAAGUGUGCAGGUGGUGGUGUUGUCCACAAGACUUCUGAAGCCUUCUGACAUUCUUGAACUGCUGUUUGCAUCAGAUCGUCUACAUCCAGAUACCGGCAUCUGAUUGUCUUAUUUUCUUUCAUCAGAUGAGUGAUGGUCCCGGGUUAAAAUCACAUCAAGUUUUACUCUGAUCGUCUAAUGUCUCAAACACGUUCCAGAGCUCCAGAAUUUUCAAUCUGAGAUUGUUUAUUUGUAUUCCCUAAAAAUGUAUAUUUGUUCAGGAAAUUGCUGGGAGAAGAAAUGGCCUGCAAAUGUGCCUUGUUAGUAUUCCAUUCCUUGUUAUCUCUGUCAUCUCUGCACAUGUUUUAUCGUAGAUAUUGGAAGAUUGUUGGCUUACCCUAUUGCAGUUGUGCAGUACGACGUCUACCUAUAAUCUGUGGUUGGCUUCAGAUUAAUUAGAACCCAGAAGCCAGACAUCCUUUAGCCUAAUAGUCUAUUGUUCCGCUUGGACAAGAAUGGCAUUCAUAAAGCUAGCCACAGACAUUAGAUGACUGUCAGAUUUCACAGCAUUUGGGGGCCAAUGGUCAUGCCUGUGGCCGCAUGAACAGACAUUCUCAGGAAGUUAUUCAUUUUCAUGACCAAUUUGUUUUUCCAUGUGAUUAGGCUGUGAUAAGCUGAUGCCAGAAGGAAAGGGGGGUAGGUAUGACUGCUUAAUGUAUAGGAAUUUAUGCUCAGCUGAUGAGGCAUUAGUGUCUAUGCAGAUAUCUUUGUAACGUUUUCUUUUACAAGGAGUUUUAUUAAUAUCCAUAUCAACGUUACUGCUUGACAUUUUGAUGGGUACAUCGUAAAUAAACAUAAUAGAAAGAUAACAUGCUUUAAAAAACAAACAAACAUAAAAGUAAUUAGAAAUGCUCAGGUCCCAGGAAUUCCAAAAUAGGCCAUAUGUAACAUCUAGGAGGAAAAAAUCGCAUUCUGAGAGACAUUACUUAAAAUAUAGAACUUAAGCCUCCACAUAUCAAGUAGGGUAUUGCCCAUUACUAAACAGAUAUUCGAAAAAUCUAGAUUAACAAGAGCAUAACUGUGAACAGUACUAGGUAGCUAGCCAUGUAACCAUCUCAUCCAGGGCUACGCCUGGUGGCCUGAUGGAUUUAAAAGCACAAACUAAAGUAGGGGAGAAUAAGGAAGAAGCAGGAUCUAAGAUUAGAAAAGAAGAAAGGAAUUAAGAGGGGGGGGGGGGUCUUUGUAACAUUUUCAUAGGUUAAAGUGACACUAAACGAUAUCCUUAUUCUCCAAAAAUAAUCUGUACACAUCCACUACUUAAUGGCCCUGUAAUGUAUUUUUCAUGAAAUUCUUUCUCACUGUGUUUUUCCUGCCUCCAUGUAAUGUCCUCCAUGAGCUUCUGAACCUCUCUUUUCCCCCCUGACUUUCAUUGGAACAAGCACACAUUAGUUGUCAUCAUGUGAACUUCUCUAUGCUCACUACAAAUCCCAUAGUCCCUAGUCCACCCCAGGAGUGAGCAAGAGAAGAUGGCUACAUUCCCACAUACAGUGGAACCAUGGAGAUCGAACGGAGCCACUCUCUAAAAGGAAGCCGGAUCACAGCAACAGCAAAAAUAGGAGGGCUGCAGACUUUGAGGAGGCUGGGAGCAAUAUAAGGAAGGUUUUUUGAGUUAAAAAUACAUACUUGAGAGCUGUUUCACCUAUCAAAGGAGUUGUAUUUAUGUCCAUCCACUUCUGAGAUUUACACAUUAUAUCACUGUCUGGAAGGGCAGGAAAUCAGAUUUUUCUCUUCUGCAGUUAAGUAACACUUAAAGUGAUUAAAGUUUCCUUCUUUUUUUUUUGUAUAUAAAAAAACAUGUCAUACUUACCUCCACUGUGCAGCUCGCUUUGCACAGUGUGGCCCGGAUCCUCGACUUCUGGGAUCUCUCGGCGGCUCUUGCGGCUUCUCCUUGCAUCAAGAUAACCCCUCUAGGAGAAGUGCUCUUCCAGGGGGCUUAUCUUGCAGGUGCGCUCUCGAGUGCAGCAUUUGCAUCUAUAGACACAAAUGCCAGAGUCGGCCCUGCCCCCCCCGGUGUCCACGUCAUUGGAUUUGAUUGACAGCAGUGGAAGCCAAGGGCUGCGCUGCUAUCAAUCUAUCCAAUCAAGAGCCGGGACCCCGUGCAGAGAGGGACAGCGCAUCCCUGCUGAGGGAAAUACGGGGCUCAAGUAAGUAAAACGGGGGGACUGGGGGGCCGGUCACUACCAGAAGUUUCACCUUAAUGCUUAGGAUGCAGGUGAAUUGUCAGUCUAGAGGUAUGCUGUGGCACCUUAUGGUUUGGUUUCUUAGCCUUAGUCCAGAUUUCUUGCAAGCAGUACAAGUUAUCGUUAAGUCAUACUAAGUUGGUGGUCAGGAUAAAUGCCUAUCGAUGGUCUGAUGUCUGUGGCCACCUACAAGCAGGUAUUGCUUCAUCACUUGAAGACUUAGAAGUCCCAUUAUACCCCUCCAAGCAAAAUCUGGUGUGGCACACUGGAACUUGUAGAUCCGAUGCUGGAGAUCAGUUCAUUUUCUGUAGGUGUAAUGACUAUGAUUAUUUAGCUGCCAGUUAAUAUACAUUGCCUCUCCUUUUCCUGAAAUAUGCUUUAACAUGUUGCUGAUUAUUUUCUCUUCCCUGAUGGAGGCAAGUUCUGACAAUAAUAAAAAUCACUUGGCUUGUA